GAGUUCCAAGAGAGGCUCUUUUAGAUGAGUGGUAGGGGAGACAAGGCUUGCUGUGAAAGACAGAGGGAGAUAAAGAGCCAUAAAUUGUAGUAAGGCACAGAGACAACAGUGAGCAAAAGAGAAACCACACCCACAAGUAGGUGGAUCUUUGCAUCUCAGCUAAUCAUAUCACCAGAGCACAGCGCGUUCCAGUCUACAGUAUAACACGGACGGUGGAGGAAGGGAAGCUCUGAGCAAACAAGACAGCGCUGCCCGCAGUUUCCUAUUUAUCCUGUGCUCCAUCAUUAGCCACUAUUCAGCCGAAACCCUUGGAUUUAUUCUUACUUUUUCAUUAAUUUUUUAAAAGUUAGCGAGGUGCCUCAUUUCGGUCUGCGGAUGCUACGGUGAUGCUAUCGCGAUGUCCCGCCACUGAGAUGCGACGUCCGUCCAGACCACCAAAUCCGACCGAUGGCUCGACCGCAAUAACGGCAUCAGAGGGCAGCGAAGGAGAUCCACAGCCCGUCGGUGCCGCUGGAGCCUCAGCGCCAACAUCUCGAUCGAAAAACGUCAGGGAGCGGAGCUCCACCGGAGAAGGAGAGUCGGACUCGCCGUCCUGGUGCAGACCCCGAUCCAGGCUAGGCGUGUUUCACACUCGAACAAUUUUCCACCUCCCUCGCCGCUCCUCCAGUGGAUAUUUCUCCUUUGAAAGCGACUCGCUGCCGAGCUCCCCACUCUCCCCCAGGCCAGUGACGGUCGAUAUAGCCACGCAGACUCCGAGUCUCACCGGCCAGGUGAUGCAACACGCCCUGCAGCGUAUGGCUGCGGAGCACGGCGGAGGACCGGGAACGCACCACCAUCACGGACAGUCUCUCAACCCCUCUAGUCCGCGCCAGCGAAACGCAGGGGACAUGCAGGCUGAGGCUUUGGGACGAGAGCUCCGACGCAUUGGAGACGACUACAACAGGCUUCUCGUGCAACGGAGGGCAGGUGCACAUAGAGAGGCUGUGAUCCCACUCAACCUGCUGCCCCACAUGUACCCGGAGCCCGUUGCGAUGCUCUGCGUGGGCCUCCUUCUCCUUCUCUUUGGACGGAUAAUGUACUUGCAAGGCAGUACAAACAGCCAGGACCACUCUCAGGUUUAGCCUUUGGAAAACCCAGCAGACGUAGCAAUUUUUCAUAAAGAUGUGUAUCUGUGUGUGUGUCGUUGGAUUUAUCGUACCAUGCAUCUUUGUUUGCGGGGACUUUUUUUUUUUAUCCCGCUGGACUCUCGCGUUCAAAGACUUCGGACCCUGUUUUAGGAAGGAACUCUAAAAUGCUUGGAUUUUUGCUUUUGCACCACUGUUUUUCCUAAAUGGCCUCUGAGCUUUUGUGAUGCACCCAAAGAGGCAGGAUUUUGCACUCCUUUCUACAGCAGCUGCGCUCAUGUCGACCUGUGGAAAUACGAAAUGUGCCUUGUACAGUUUCUCGUUUACUUUUUUUCGCUUCUUUUUACGUUGUUUUUAUUGUACAGAGAUGAUUAGUCCCUGGGUGAUCAACUCCGCAGACCCAGGGUGGUUAAAGUAAAUGGGUCCAGUCCACAAAAUUUCCCCAUUUUGUUUCUUCUGACCGUUCAAGACUGCAACACUUAUGGCUUUCACGUUAGAACACAGCAUUCACCACAGCCAUUGCCUGUGUGGGAACCAGCUGGACCAAAGUUUGCAUUAUAACCUGUCAUUUUUGUCACACAGUGUUCCUAAACGAUGGUUUUGUUACCAUGAAAUAGAUUUCUGCUUGUGCCUACAUUGUAAAUUGUCAAGCAUCGACUGCGUUUUUAGCCUCAGAAAUGAAUUGCAUCCUGAAACUUUUAGUCAUUUGAACGGGAAUAAUAUUCUGAGGUGAGGUGAAUAUUUAGUAAUUACACUCCCAUAUGUAAUCUGGAUAAUUGUCCCUUUAAUGGUACUUUGAGUAGCUGGAUUGAGCCUGUAGGACACAUUCAUUUUUUUUUUCACACUCAAGUUUUUCUAAUCAUCUAUAUUUGCUCUUGGAAAAUUACAUAAUUUAUGUUUUAACCGUUUGUAUCAUAACUACAUAACAAAAUAUCAAGCAGCAGUGUGUUCACAAUGGAUAGCAUGACCUGUCAAAUUCUCCUAAAAGUUCUGUAAACCCUGACUCUGUAAGAGCAAGUAUGAUGAGACUGAUGAAACCAGCCUUCCAAGAUCUCAAAAUUGGUUAUGCCGGCAAAGUCCUAAAAGAUGACAGCGUGGAAAAGAAGCAUUAACAGGUUUCUUCUUUGCUCGACAUUAAAAGAAAGAUUUUGCACGUUAAUAACAAAGUCAGUUGUUAAAUCCAUUAUCUAAAGCAGUAAAUCGUGUCAUUUCGUUCUGUCUUGUUUACUCAGCUUUCAAUUUUCACACUGACAAAGUUUAAUUCAAAACAUUAGUCGAUCAAACAGCUCCGUCUUCCACCGUUUUUUUGUCUUAGCCUCUGUUUUUAUCGUUGGCAGCCGGAGUGAAAGCAGCUGGCAAGUGUUGGUUUGUUGACAAGGUCACGUUAUCCGUUUAUUAGCGCAGUGAUUCAGACCUGGCCAAGUCUCCUCACGCCUGCCAGGUCAUUAAACACUCAGAGAGAUUUCUGGACAGCAACCAAAAUCUGAAUAAUGUAGAGUCAAUGUGAGUAACUCGGCAAACAAUGGUGAUGCAGAUUCAAAUAAGUGCAUUUAUUCUAAUCUUUGAACUCUUAAUACUCAGUGAGACCGUUAUUAGGUCUUUGUUUAGGAUCCCUAAAACGAGUGACUUGCACCUAAUUAAAACUGAACUAGAAUAGUGGUGUUGCAAAAUCAUCAUCAUUUAUGCAAAAAAAAAAGAAGAAAAAAAAUGUGUGCUCUUUUGUAUAAACACAUAUAUGGAUGUUGGUAUUUGAAUAUACUGUGCUGGACAACAAUUAUGCAAGGUUUGACCCAAGCACUUUGUCAACUGUGUGCUACGCUUUAUUGGAGGUGGGGAGGAUAUACAUUAACCAAAUUAACACAUCACUAAAGUAUUUUACUGAACUGAAACGUUUCCCCAGACGUUCUUGAAUUGGUUCAAAGAAAAUAUGGCCACAGGGGACAGUAAUGUCCUCAUUUGCUCAUUAAAAGACACAAGGCAAAGAAGAGUCCUUCCCAUACACAAGUCACGUGAAGGUUUCCCAAAGUUUUUCAAAUGGUAUAUUUCGCGUCUGGUGAAAAACAAGAAUAUGAAAGCUCCCCUGUUAAACUUCUCCACCUCCAUUAAAGAGCAGCACGGCCACUUUCUUGAACUUUUCUGUUGAGUCACCUUUUUUUUUUUUUUUUUUUUUUUAAUCAGUGGGCUCCGUAAACACUGACCAAAGAGAUUUGUGCACAACUCUUGCUUUCUGGGUUGGUUUGAAUGGUACAAGUCAAAUGUUUCCAAAUUUAGUGUUGCUGAUAGUGUCUGUUAUACCCUGACUGGAAUGAAAUGUAAACCGUUGUUUAGUGACAACAGUGUCAGAAAAGCCCCUUAAAGCAGUUUGACUGAGGAUCUGAAUGAGUUCAAUAUCAGGAAUAAAGCUUCGCUCUUCCAUGGAUGUUUGAAAUGAAAGUCUGUGUAGGCAGCGCUGCAGAUGCGCUGCGUCUGUUACAAGUGUUCGAUUUAAUCUUCCAAAACAAAGUGAUUUCAUCACUGUUGCACUCUCCUUGUGAGGUUAACCAGACGAGAACAGAAGUAACACAGUCAAUAAUGAAAUGUAUGUUAGCGUGCUCGGGUGUUCGCCCGGUUGCAUCAAAACCAAUACUGAUUUAAGUGUGAAUUAAUCGAUCUUAGAUAACCCUUUCAGCUCCCAUGUCAUCUACGCAAUCUCAUGUUUCAGUAGAGUUAAAUCAGUUGUUUAGCUUCAUUUUCAGACAUCCACCAAUCAUUGAAUUUGUUCCAGACUGUCUAGUCAGUCGUUGCUGACAUUGUAGAGCUGUGGGGGAUUACUGAUUUUGUACAGGAAACCCUAAAAUCCACCAGUGACGGCAAUGGCAUGUGAAUGUUGAGGACAUAAGUCAUGCAGUUCACAUAAGUUCUGAUUGUUGUCAUUCAACUACACAAACGGCACUAGUGAGUAAAGGCUCACACUCCCUAUCCAAGGCUACUAUGUUCACUUCAACAACAAAGCUCCAUUAGCGUUGUAUGUGCCCCCUUCUGCACCACAAUCCAAAGUGUGAAGCUUAGAUUAAAAGACUCUCAGAAUUUAAUUAUGACUGCGCUGUAUCACACUACUUUCUGUUUCUUGUUGUGUUUGCUCAUUCGUUCCUGGUUGAGGUAUGAUCAUGUAACUACUCAGAUUACUGACACGGAGCUUCGUCUUCCUUUUCGCCAAAUCUAGCCACUUUGCUUUUCCUCCACUGUGACACUGAGAGCGCUGUGACUGCACGUAGAUUUGCGAUAUUGUGCCAUGUGAAACCUACGACCUCAUUUUGAAGUACUGUAUUACAGCAGGAGUGUGAGAGGAGAGCAUGGCAGGGAGGAAACCGAAACAUGAAUUACCGACUUCUGAAACUGAUAUGGAAACCUGGUGAUGUGCAGAUUCUUCGCCUGUCACUUGAAGGUGUCGGAGCACACAACACUCGCGUGACAUUCAGGGUUCUACUGAAUCGCAUCGACACUGCUGGGGCUGCUUUGACAAAAUUCGCCGCCGAUUUAUGUCUUGUUCGGGCUGUUUAAGAUCAGUAGAAAAGGAACAUCGUUAAAUGGCUUAGAUUUACAGUCAUGUGAAAAAGAACGCUGGAAAUGGUUGGCUUUUGUUACAUAUUUGGGAAAGCUAACCUUUGAUCCUCUUUGAUACCAAUUCCUACUGAUAAAGGUGGUCUACCUGAACACCACCACAAAGAAAAUUAGCUUUUUAAUCACUUACUCAACAAAAAUAUUCCUAUAUUAUUUUACAGAAAAAGUAGACUUUUGGUGUUAGCAUCAGACCCUAGCAUUACCCACAUUCAGCAGAUGUAACAUCUUGUAGGUGUCCAUGCAAAAUCCUGUCAGUUGCAAGAUGUUUGAGGGGUUUUCUUGUAUUUAUUGCCUAGGCUCAUUAUCAUGUUGAAAGGCCCAAUUUUCCUUCAACUGUAGCUUUUCAGAGAGGAGGCCUCACACUCCUUCAUGGAGAAAUUAUGUUUGAAUCAGUGUCUGCAAGCUGCCCAGUCCGCGAGGCAGCGAAGCAACCCCAAACAAUAACAUUUCCACCACCAUGCUUCACAGUUGGUUUGAGGUUCUUCUCCUGAAAAGCUGUCUUUGGUCUGUACACAAAACAUGUCUAGUCUUAUUGUGGCCAAACAACUCUAUCUUUGACUCGUGUGUCCAGAGUUCAAAAUUCCUAAAGGACAGGUCUGGAGAGCAAAGGCUUUCUCCUCUCAUGCCUCCCAUGCUGGUCAAAUUUGUGCAAUGGCUUUCCGAUUGUAGAUGCAAGCACUUUAACAGUUUUGUGAGUUAUCUGCAGAUCCUGUCAUGAACAUUUGGGGUUUUUGGAGACUUUUUCUUGUCUUUUUCUUUUUUUUACAGUUUCUAAAUUAGCAAGGACGGCUGGUUUAAAGCUGUUAACAGGGUCGACAAUGUUAGAGAGCUUUUUAGUUCUUGACACCACAUCAAAAGCCUUGACAAUGGCAGACUCAACAAGGUUUCAACCACUGGCACCAAAUCUGGAACUUGAGAUUGAAUGUGUGACAAAUGUACUUACCCUUUUAAUUUUUAUAUACAAGUAUAUCAUACAAAUGACCACAAAAUAUCAGUUUUAUGUAUCAUGUCUCAAAUGUUGCUUUGUCCACCUAUAUCAGAAAAGCCAUAAAUACUACCGACUGUUAGCAUUCACGUGACUGUUAACAGGAAAUAGAGCGAGUUUUUCAUUGGAAUUGUUAAAUAGAUAACACGUCACAGCGAAUGUGACUUGUUGCGCUUUUGCUGAAAAUGCUGUAUAGAAAUGCAUCUGGAUUUGGUGUCUGUUUGCGAAGCAAACUAAUGUGUACGGCUCCAAAAGACCCAGUACAACUGUAGCAACGUGUGUUUUCUUUGUUUAUAUUGUAACUGUACACUGAAAAUAUUGUAAUUAAGCCGUUUGAAUUGCUUGUAAUAAAGCUUUUACAUUUUUUCAUCAAA